UCGAUUUAAUGUAAGACCAAAUGGCUGGAGAAAGAAAUAUUCUUAGUUUACAAUUUAAUCAGGAUCAAGGAUGUUUUACAUGUUGUAUGGAAUCUGGUCUUAGAGUGUAUAAUGUAGAACCAUUAGUUGAGAAAGCACAUUUGGAAAAUGACAUAAUGGGAAGUAUAGUUAUUGCAGAGAUGCUUUGGAGAACAAACAUUAUUGCCAUAGUAGGUGGUGGUACAAGACCAAAAUUUGCAGAAAAUACAGUCCUUAUUUAUGAUGACUUAUCUAAGAAAUUUGUAAUGGAGGUUACAUUUACCAGCCCUAUUAAGGCAGUACGAUUACGUAGAGAUAAAAUGAUAGUGGCACUUCAACGGGAAAUACAUGUUUUUUCAUUUCCUAUGCCAACACGAAGAUUAUUGACUUUAGAAACCAGAGAUAAUCCAAGAGGAUUAAUCGAAGUUGCUACAUUGGCUACAGCACAAAAACAGUUACUUGCUUUUCCUGGUCACAAGCAAGGUAGUGUACAGCUAGUUGAUCUUGGUGCUACAGAAGCUGGAAGUUCUAGUGCUCCAACAACUCUUGCAGCCCAUCAGGGUGCAUUGGCUUGUCUCGCAGUUAACAGUAGUGGGACUAUGAUAGCAACUGCUUCCACACAAGGUACUCUAGUUAGGGUAUGGGAUAGUAUACGUAGACACUUAUUAGUGGAAUUAAGAAGAGGUGCUGAUCCUGCAACACUUUAUUGCAUUACAUUUAGUAGAGAUUCGGAAUUUCUGUGUGCUUCCAGUGACAAAGGAACAGUACACAUAUUUGCAUUAAAAGACACGCAAUUAAAUCGUAGAUCAACUUUCUCAAAAAUAGGAUUUUUGGGAAAUUAUGUUGAAAGUCAGUGGGCAUUGGCUACUUUUACAGUACCACCAGAAUGUGCUUGUGUGUGUGCAUUUGGUACAAGAAGUUCUGUUAUAGCUAUUUGUAUGGAUGGAACAUUUCAUAAGUAUGUUUUUACUGCCGAUGGAAACUGUAAUCGUGAGGCAUUUGAUGUUUUCCUAGAUGUUUGUGAUCAUGAUGACUUUUAA